UUGUCCGCCAGUCUCCCUGUUAAAACUAUACACUUAGUAAUUGUCCGUCUCUGGUGGGAAUACAGCUAGCUGUGUUCAAAGUAGCUAACUGGCGUGCUAGUUAACUCUAAUGCGCACAGACAUCCUUUGCUUGCUAGGUACCUAGCUACGCGCGUGGACUGAUCUCCAACCAUACUCGUUUUUUACCGUUGCCGCAGGUUGUAUCCUUGUUUUAGUGUAGGUCGAUUUCAUUAUCGCUAGAUUUUAUUCGUACCAUAUUACUUUCUCUCCAGUUACAUUUCACAAAGUACAUACUAUGCCUGGUUCUUCCUGAUAUGCCCUUUUAUUUGUACGCAUGCGUGACGGUGUCGCGUAGUCCGCAGGCUUUGUAGUUUUUCUUGACUUUGUGUUGCAGUGACGUACGGGGCUGUGUGUAAAUAUGCGAACUACAAGUUCCAUGUAAUAUCACGCAACCCCCCCCCCCCCCAACUCUUUUAGUGCCAUAUGUGAGACGCUGCUAGUUGGUCAUGUAAAUAAGUAGUAAGGAGUUUCUGAUCAGCUUUACUGUAGGCAGAUGGUUAAAGCUGUAAAGUUAUGAAUAUCUUGAAACGAGGGCUCCCUGUCCUUGAUGGUUUAAUACGCAAUUAACACAGCUAAUCUUUGAGGAGAAGGGAUAGUUGAAGAUCUAUCGUGCAUUCGGCGUUUUGUAAUUUGAACCCCAUUAAAGUUUAACUUUUCCCUGGAAUUAUUACAUUUAGACGUUUCCGUAUUACGACUGUGCGCCGUGUGAAAUCAGUGCGUUUAAGGUGCGGCUUAGUUUCUCCAGUUUCACCCCUGAGAGCUGCUGUAGUCGGGCGGUGGGUCUGAACGGGAAAGCCCGUCUCCGAUGCCGUUUUUCCUGCUUUUUGCCGGAGGAUCCGAAGUGGCGUUUGCUGCCUACAUGACUUUAUAUCGCUGCCGGAGAGGCUGUGCUGGGCUGACGAGUUUCGGCUGUCGGCAUCUACCUCAGAGAAGCCCGGCCCACCCCCACUCGCCGAUCCGCAGACGUGCAUCCCUCAGCAAGCCCCCCAGCCCCGUUCUGCUCCGCUGACCAGGUCUGAGCCGUUGGUGUGCUGAGCCCAGCGCUGUGCCAGUAGCGGAGCCCAGGGGAGGAGACGACCCCACCUCUCAUCAUCGCCCCUCCCCCAGCGAUGCGUGCGGGAGGCGGCCCAAGGGACAGCACGCCUCCGCGGCCUCUCCUCUCCUCCUCUUCCUCCUGCAGCUGCUCGUUGUCCUCCUCCUCCCCUACCCCCCCACCGCGCCCCCACCCUGCGGCAGGAUGCCUGCCCCUUCCCCUCCUGCUCUCCCCCAGGCCCUGAGCUCUGCCCCAAGACCAUGAGCUCGUACAGAGACCGAACACAUUGCGCCCCUGAGCUGCUGGAGGUGGAGGGGGGGCCUCCCAGCUUCUGCUCCCUGCCUCCUUCCUCCCAGACCCCCCUGUCGGACUUCCACAUGUCCAACGGGCACUCUCCGUCCGAACCAUCGGCCCCCCCUCGGGUGUGCGUGCCCAAGAUGGGCGUACGAGCACGCAUUGCCGAGUGGCCCCCCCGACGGGAGCGCUCACAGGAGUCGCUACUGGAGAACGGGCAUGGAGGGCAGUCGGGACCCCCUCUGGGGCGUGGCACCGUGCCCCGCAUCACGCGUCUGCAGUCGAAGGACGUGGAAUUCCGGGACGGGAUUCGGGGCGGCUCUCCCAGGCUCUUUCGACCGGCAGCGCCACUGCGUCAGCGUUCGAGCAGCGAGGUGACCCUGAGCGAGCAGGACGAUGCGGAGGCGGAGGUACGGGCAGGGCUGUUCCGCGAGUACGGCAGCACCUCCUCCAUCGACGUGCAGGGUGUCCCAGAGCAGAGCUUCUUCGACAUGCUCAGCCAGUUCCACCAGGAACGGCCCGACCAGCGCAGCACUGCCCCCGCGCAUCUUGGGGAGCUCCUUCGGGUCGAAAACUCUGCCCCCAAUACUGCCCCCAGCCCCGCCCUCCAGGCUGUGAGCCCCACCCCCCGCCUCGAUGAAGGCCCCCUCCGGGUUAGGAAGAAGAGUGGUGGCACAGAGUCUUCACUGGGCACGUCGUCGCUGUUCCGUAAACUGCGCAGCUCCAGCCGAACCGAGGUGGAAACGGUGCGGGGCGACCUGGACGAAGGGCGCCCCCCAGAGGCCAGGAGGACCUGGCACUGCCCAAAGAGUUUUGCCCACUUCGACGUGCAGAGCAUGUUGUUCGACCUGCAUGAGGCCUCCAGCCAGCGUGCCCACGUGGCACAACGGCGCAACACCGCCACCGGGGCGUCAGCUGCCUCUACUGUUUCCCCCCCCGCCGUCGAGCCUGGCUUCUCCAGCACAGAGGACCUGCUCUGCCCAGAGUUGGCUCCCCCUCUUGGCUCGGAGGCUUGCGACGACACUCUGGCGCCGCUGCUGCUCAGCUGCCCACACUUCUGCAACGAGACUGGCGGCUGCUCCGAGCGCAAUGUCAGCUUCCUGAGCUCGUGGGCGGGGGUGGGGCCGGCGGGGGCAGGGCCGGCGGUGGGCACGCGCUGCGCCAACGCCAGCGUCUCGGUGCUGGAGGUGCCCCCCGAUCAGCAGCUGUCCACCCGCCUCGAGCGUUUCAAGCACUACAGCAUUGAGCAUGUGGACCUGGGCGCGCGCUACUACCGGGACUACUUCCACGGCCGCGAGCACUCAACCUACUUUGGGACAGACGAGAAGUUGGGUGCAGUGGCUGUCAGCAUUCGCAGGGAGAAGCUGGAGGACACCAAGGACUUGAAGGACCAGUACCAGUACCGGCUCAUCUUACGGACCAACGAGAUGGUGACACUGCGUGGGUCAAUCCUGGAGGAUGCAGUGCCUUCAACGGCGCGGCACGGCACAGCGCGGGGGUUACCGCUGAAGGAGCUGCUGGAGUGCGUCGCCCCCGAACUGAGUGUGUCCUGCCUGCGGUUGGCGCUGAACACUCCCAAGGUCACCGAGCAGCUGCUCAAGCUGGACGAGCAAGGGCUGAGCCAGAAGCAAAAGGUGGGAAUUCUGCUAUGCCGAGCCGGCCAGAGCACAGAGGAGGAGAUGUACAACAAUGAGGAGGCGACGCCCGCCUUUCGCGCCUUUCUCGACCUGCUGGGGGAGCAGGUGUGCCUGCGAGGGUUCACCAAGUACGCCGCCCAGCUGGACACCAAGACGGACUCAACAGGCACGCACUCCUUGUACACCACCUACCUGGACUAUGAGGUCAUGUUCCACGUGUCCACCAUGCUGCCCUACAUGCCCAACAACCCGCAGCAGCUCCUGAGGAAGAGGCACAUCGGCAACGACAUCGUCACCAUCAUCUUCCAGGAGCCUGGCGCCCUGCCCUUCACUCCGCAGAACAUCCGCUCGCAGUUCCAACACGUCUUCGUCAUCGUUCGUGUGCACAACCCCUGCACCGAUGACGUUUCCUACAGCGUGGCUGUGACGCGCAUGAAGGACGUGCCCAUGUUUGGGCCACCCAUCCCCAAUGGCGUGACCUUCCGCAACCCGGAAGUGUUCCGGGACUUCCUGCUGGCCAAGGUGAUCAACGCGGAGACCGCCGCCCACAAGUCGGAGAAGUUCCAUACCAUGGCCAGGCGCACGCGGCAGGAGUACCUUCGCGACCUGGUGGAGAACUGUGCCAGCGGCACCUUCCUGGACUCGGCAGGAAAGCUCAACAACCUCAUAUCGCUGGCCUCCAAGAAACGGGAGCGGGCGCGAGCCCGCGAGGGAGCCGAGCUGGGAGCCCUGGGGGCCGUGACCUGGCGCGUGAAGGCCCAAGACUUCAGUGGGGGCGGGGCGGAACUGGCCUGCGUGCUGGGCAUGUCCGGCGAAUACGUCGUGCUGGUGGACUGCGCCACCAAGGAGGUGGUCUUCAACUGCUAUUGCGCUGACGUCAUCGGCUGGACUCCUGAACGCCUGGCCCUGAAGAUUUACUAUGGCCGGGGUGACCACAUCGCCGCCAGGGUGGCCGAGGGCUGUGCCCAGGACAUACGGGAGAUCGUCCAACGGCUGAAGGCCCUGACGGUGGGCUGUGAGACGGUGGACAUGACUCUUCGGCGGAACGGUCUGGGUCAGCUGGGGUUCCACGUGCGGCUGGACGGCACCGUGGCCGAGGUGGAGGAGUACGGUUUUGCCUGGCAGGCCGGCCUGCGGCAGGGCAGCCGCCUGGUGGAGAUCUGCAAGGUGGCCGCCGUCACGCUGUCCCACGAGCAGAUGAUCGACCUGCUGCGCACCUCCGUGACCGUCAAGGUGGUCAUCAUCCCGCCGUACGACGAGGGAGGGCCGCGCAGGGGCUGCACUGAAGAGUACGAAAUGAAGACGGUGGAGCAGAAAGCCGAGCCGGAGCCAGUGGCGGCAGUGUACCGCCCCUCCCACCGCACUCCCGCCUGGCGCUGGGACAGCCCCCCCGCCACCCACAGUGCCGCCACUCCUCAACGCUGGACCCCAGUGGGGCCUCCACAGUCCCUGCCUCGUACCCAUAAGGUCGCGGUGCCCAUCCCAUACAGGGAGGUCCAGCACCUUCCCACCAAGAGGCCAGUGAGCUUCCCUGAAAAUCAUUACAACAUCCCUCCGACAGGGGGCGACAGAGUGCUUCCGUACCGCAACCCCUCGGCCAGCUUCUCUGCUCCGAGUUCAACGCUGGCCACAGCUGGGCUCGGGGGGCCAGGUCUAGGUGGGCCUUUUGUGCGCUACAAACCUUCCCCCGACAGGUACGGCAUGUCGCAGCGCCCCCUACUGGGCUACGAGCCGCACAUGAACCUGGACAUGGCAUCGAGCGGGGAGUCGUCGUCCGGAUUCACCAGUCAGGGCAGCACCAUGGAGCGGAUCAAACCGGAACCCCUAUGGCACAUGCCGGUGUCCUCACGGGUGCCCCCUGUGGGUGGGGGAGGGACGCAGAAGCGUUCAAGCCGGCAGGAUCCCCCCGGGAAGGACUCUCCCAACCGCCACUCAAAGGGGGAGGCCCAGUACUCCAGCCACUCCAGCAGCAACACGCUGUCCAGCAACGCCUCUAGCAGCCACAGUGAGGAGCGCUGGUUUGACGGCGGCAUGGGCGGCUCGGGGGGGCUGGGCGACCCGGCGGAGCCAGACCUGGACCCCCUAGCCAAGGGCGGCUCCAGCGACAGCGGCAUCGACGCCUCCACCCUUUACACCCCGAGCCCCGGCACCAAGCCGGUGAAGCCGCCCCGUAGCCACCUCAGCUCCCAGAAGCCCCUGCACGGCUCGGCCACCUACAGCGGCCUCCAGGAGCUCGCCAGCCGUUCUGGGGAUGGUCGGAGGAGGGAGUCGUCCCCGGCCCUGCCUGCCUCGUCCAGCCAGAGCAAGAAUUACCGCACUCGCACAUUCCCACCACCGGGGGCCUCGGCGGACUCCUUUAAGCCCAGCCGGGCCUGCUACACCCCACAGGGGUACAAGACCCCACCGGCAGACAAAUCGCGGCCUGUGAGGGCCACCACCAUCACACCGACCUUGGGGACGUCGCAGCAGUUGUCCAGCUCCGUGCCCAAGACCUCUUACAGCAAGAGCAAACACAACGCCUGGCAGCACCACCAGAGCUCCGCCACGGCCAGCACCUGCACCGGCAGCAGCUCCGACAGCAGCAACAGCAAGAAGCAGGUGGACGUGAAUUCGAAGAACGUAUUCGGCCAGCCGCGCCUCCGCGCCUCCCUGAGGGACCUCCGCUCUCCCAGGCGUUCCCACAAGAGCACUAUCGAGGACGACCUGAAGAAGCUCAUCAUCAUGGACCAGCCCAGCGAGGCGCCUCACAGAGAUGCGUCUCCUCGGCGGAGCCUCCAGCGCACCUUCUCGGACGAGAGCCUCUGCAGUGGCCGGCGGGACUCCAGCUUCGCCAGCGCGACGCUGUUCGACACGCCGACCACGCAGAGUGACCUGCUGUUCACCUGCACGCUGCCCACGCGCCGACACGCCCACAGCUCGCACGUGCCCAGUAAGAAGGUACCGCUGUCUGCCUCUGAGCUGUCAUUGACGGAGGUGCGUGACAAAGUGCCCCCGCUCCGCCGUCUGGACCCCGGACUCAUGCCCCUCCCUGACACAGCCUGUGGCCUGGAGUGGGCUAGCUUGGUCAACGCCGCUAAAGCCUACGAGGUGCAGAGGGCGGUGUCCCUCUUCUCCCUCAGUGAGCCACCAGUGGGGGCCACAGACCUGCGACUGGCCCCCAGCCCGAUCCAUUUUCAUACGGCCCAGACCCCUCGCACGACACCGACCUUCGGCAGGCCGCCUCUACCACCUGGAGGUGAUGCUGAAGCAGCUAAACUGCGAUCUAGAGAAGGAGAAGCAGGACAAGGUGGCCCUGCUGGCAGAGAUGGCCAACCUGCGGGAGAACAACCAGCGGCUUCAGGAGGAGUCACUGUCGGCCAGCGAGCAGCUUCGCAAGUUCAGCCAGAUGCUCACUGCCGCCCAGGGAGACAGGAAGUGACAUCGGCACUGAGACAGGCCAGCUUCCACCGGCCCUGCGUGUGGCAUUAGUGAGAGGUGGAAGGGAAAGGUGGAUAAGGAGGGACUGGAAAAAGCAGGGAAGACAGGAAAACUGGCAUAAAGGAAUAGGACUCUUCCCAGGCUUGAAUUUUUGAAGAAAAAUGGUAACAGUGGAUAAAGCUGUUUGAAUGGGGGAACUGUAUAGAUUGUGGUACGAUGAAUGAGACCCGAUUGGUCACACUGUCUGGUCACGUGUUGCCCCCGAUCAUGUCUCGUUAAGGUACUGCUACGCUACCCAGACCCCUCCCACCUCACCCCACCCUCCCCCCCCCCAAAGGAAGGUUUGCUGCAAACUCGCUGGAUGCAGUUAAACGAAAGGGGUGGAGCAGACCACCGGGAUACCUGCGGAAGGGGGACUGUUAAACACUACCCUGUUCCUCCUCUUUCCAGUUCUUCCCCAAAAGCACCUCCUCACUUGUCUGACCCGAUCGAUGUUGUAAAGAUCGAGGUUGUACAGAGUAUCUCCAGCCCUGCCUGAUUUGGACAGAGACCGUCCAGGCCCCUCGUUUCCAGGUCCUGGUCGGUGUGAGAUGCAGCAGGGCGGGCAUAUAUGGAGGCAGCUACCCUGUGAUAUACCCGAGUUAGCUUGGCUUUGACUGGAACAGGUACAAUAUUUAGUUAAUAUUAUUAUUGUCUAAGUCUUAAAUGUAUAGAAACACAUAACAGCUUGUAUUGUCGGAAUAUGUCCAAGAUUUUUUUAUUGCAAUUGUUGUUUUUUUUUCCACUCUUACUGUUGAUUUUUAUUAUAUAGAAGUCUUAUUUAAUCCUCUGUCAGCACUAAUCCUUGCCGUUUAUGAAAAACCGAGCUGUUGGUCAUUGUCCCUAGAGGUCUAUAAGAAGUAAAAUAGCCAAAAAAAAAAAAAAAA